AUGUCACCAUCACGUAUUCCAUCAAAAGACUGUGAUGGUGAAUCAGUUGGAGACACUGUUGGUGGAGUUGCUGGAGUCGAAGGUGUUCCAGAUGUUCCAAUGUUACACAGACUAAUUGAUGGAGAAAAUAGUUUGGGUUUUGUGAAUAUGGAAGCAACAGUUAAGGUCGAGGAUGAACGACCGUCAUAUUCUCUUCUUCCCCGCAUAUCUCAACCUUACCCUUGGCUUGUUAUAUCUCAUGGAGAGUUUGUUCAAAGGCAAACCUUCUUCAACAUAUCACAACAUCGGUAUUACACUAAAAUCAUUCCUGAGAUGUGUAAUAAACAAAUAUGUUGCUCUUCCUUUGGAUGGUUAGUGUUACUAGAUCUUGUCUCAUCUGAUUGUUCUCUUUUAAAUCUCAUUUCGAUGGAGACAAUUCAACUUCCUCCUUUCAAUAUGAAAUUUGAUACGUGCAUUCUCACAGCACCUCCAAGCGAUCCAAAUUGCCACAUCCUUUUCUUUAAUUACAUAGAGGAUGAGUUUAUAUUUUGUUUUCCUGGUGCUUGUGAAUUUUCAAAACAAAAGUUGGAAGAUAAUGUUGUGAUCAGUGUGACAACAUUUGGAGGAAAGACUUAUUGCAUUUCUUCAGAAUAUUGUUUGCUUACACUUGAGUUUGAAGGAUCAAGUCUUCGAUUUACAAAAUUAAGUGUCAAAACAGAAUCAAAGCUGUUUAACUUUACCAUUCAACGCAAAAAAUAUUUGGUUGAAUUUUCUGGAGAGUUGCUACUUGUUUGUAAGAUUUACUCUCUAAGAUUGUAUGAAUGGGCUUCAUAUUUUGAAGUUUUUAGGUUUGAUUUCUGCGAAAGGGAAUGGGUUGAGGUGAAAAGCAUUGGAAAUAAUGCAAUUUUCCUCGCAAAUCAAUGUUACAGCUCAUGUUAUUCAGUAGCUGAAGAAUUUGAUAUAAAGAGAAACUCCAUUUACUAUACUCAGUGUGAAGAUAGAAAUAUUUAUGUCUAUGACUUGGAAGAUCAAAGUGUUACAACAUAUUUGCCUUGUCCCAUUGUUAGUCGUCGAAAAUCAUCUCAUUAUUGGUGUAUGUUGCCAAUGGCAGAUAACUCUUAA